CUACGCAAGCAAAAAUGCCUCCUGAAGUGAGUAAGUGGCACAAGCACAUCUUUAGAAAACACCAACGCUAAUUGACCCGUGCUAUUUUUGUACGAUUGGGCUAGAAGUUAUAAAAGAUCAGUUGUUGGAGAGAAUUUCUAUCAGAAUUGGUUUGCUGGAAAACUGUGCGCUUGUCCUGAUUUUGAGACCGAAGAUUUCACGAGAAUCAAGUAUUUACAGUAAGUGCUGAAAAUUUACUUAGAAUUCUAUUGGUCGUGAUUCAUAAUUAGGGUGUUUUUCAUGGGGUUAUAUUUUGUAUUUUAAUAAUAUUUACGACCAUAUAGCCUACGAGCAUAUAUUCUUACAUUCCUUUAAUAACUUUCAUUGAAUAUAGAUAUGAAGCUGUUGUUGGUUUGUUUGUGUGCACUGAUUGCAUUGGUAUGUGACGUGUGACACGCAUUACUGUUAGUGUUGUAUUGUAUAUUCUAUCAAACAAACUAAGCUAAACUAACUCACUGAUAAGUAAUAACUCACUUAAUUAAGAAAUAUAAUAGUUCUAGUUUAGUUUAAUGAAUUCGCCACGGAUUACAAUAUAUAAACUACCCUGACUAAUGCAAUAGGGAUAUUAAAUGCAAGCUGUGGCAUGAGUACAGAACUUGCGUCCCAAUUGCGACCUAUAAACCUAGUUAACGAACUAACUAAUUAACGACCUAACGAAAUAACUAGAAUAUCUCAUUAUAGCUAACUAUAGUAACUAUAAUUAUAGGCCCUUAUAUAUAUAUUAUAUUCAUCUAUUGCUUGUCUAUUCCGUGUUUUCAUUGCUGAACUUUUUUAUACUUUCUAUAUAUAGGCGUUUGGCAAUGUGGUGGAUCUCGAAUUCAAAAGAACAGCUCAGGUAUACGUUUUGAAUAAUUGAGUAUAAUUGCGCUAGUGAGUAGUGGCAAUCACAUGCAGGCAUCGUGUUUCAAUUUUUUAAUCUUUCUUGAAUAUUUGUAUACAUAUAAUAUAUAAAGCGUGCGGGUCGGGCAAUUAUAUCAGAAAUUAAAUUAACCCAGGGUAUUUUGUUAAAAUCCGUUUACAAAUUCGAGCAAACUUUCAACCGCCCGGUUGAAAGUUUGCUCGAAUUUGUAAACGGAUUUUAACGAAAUAACCUGGGUUAAUUUAAUUUCUGAUAUAAUUGCCCGAAUUUCGUUGAUUUCUCUUUGAAUGAAUGCUUAUUUCCUUUUUUGUUUUUAAAUUUUGUAGACUGGAAGUGUGAACCGGUUUGAGACGGCCGUAUUGGCAAACAAUGAUGACGCUCCCGUGAAACGCGGUAUCUGUGGUGAUCCAUGUAAGAUGUUAUUACUUAUUUUACUAGAAAAUACAUGCGCAUGCAGAAACCCUCGCCUUACUGACGUACAAAACAUUAUGUUUUUUGAAUAUGAAGAAUUGAAAGUAGUUGUCAUGGUAACACGAUAAUUUUAAGAAUAGUUUUUUAAAAUUAAAAAAUCCCCCAAAAUAUCACUUUUAAUAACAAAAUUAUCAAUUUCCCAAACAUAUAUAUCUAGGUAUGUUAUUAUUAUACGUAAUAUAAGCUUCAAUUUAAUGCAAAAUUCAACCACAAUUAAACGCUUCGCAAAACGCUUUACUGAAUGUUCUUAAAACUAAACGGCCUUUUAUCGAAAUUGACCAAAUUUGACCAAUCAGUGUUCACUAUUCACGACAGUCCGCCACAUAUUUUGAGAUCAGUGAGGAUGACCACCCAUGAACGGUGAGCCAUGCACCCAACGAUAUUUGAUGAACUUUAGACUUCGCUAUAGUGCAUGCGUUCUUUUCCCCGGGUGUAAAUAGCCGGGCAGAAUUAGUCAGGCCUCGCCGUCGGCUCGGGGACUACCAUAUCAUUUUAGUACUUAGUAUAGGUAAUAGUAAUUCGAGUGCAAUUUGAAAAAAGCAUGCGCGAGUAAGUUUUUCAAAGACGACCGAAGUUACGUCAUGAGUAAGGAACACAGACAUCAGACUUUCCCGUUACAGAUUCGUGUCUCGCUAAUCCAAAAUCACUCAUGCAUAUUGUCCGCGCAUGUCUAAAACCCCAAUAGUACAACCGAUCCCAGGAGAGAGGGCAGGAGAGAGGCGCGGUUAGCAAGUUGGUAACAUUGCUAGUGUUGAAACUUUAAGCCUUUCAAUUUUCGUAUGCUGUUGUACCAUGAUUGGGACCUAUUUCCUAAUAAACAACAUUUUGAUCUAGACAAGUCUAGAGAAAAAUUUCAUCACAGCUUGAAAGAGCAUAUCACAAAAUUAGUAAUAUUCCGAAGUUUCGUUGCGAAAUGUUGUAAAAUGCGGAUAAUAUAGCAAUGCGAAGUUUGCCGUUUUUCGGUCAUUUUGUAUAUUACGCGUGGGAAAUUGAUGCUUUUUUUCAGAAAGCGAUAUCAAUUUCCCGUGCGUAAUACAAAAUGACUGAAAAAUGGCAAACUUCGCAGGGCUAUACUAUCCGCAUUUUACAACAUUUUGUGAUGCUCUUAAGCUGUGAUGAAUUUUUUGUCUAUAGACUUGUUUAGAUCAAAAUUUUAUGGAAUACUGUAGGUCCAUUCCGCAAUUAUAAUUGCUAAAUUAGUCGCUGUAUAAACUUGUCUACAUGUAGUGAAGUUGUGAAGGGGAGGAGUGGGGGGUGGGGGGAGUGAUCCUCUCUUUGAAUAGGCAAAUUUCCUGGUUAACAUUGGCUUUACUUUAUACCCAAUUCACAAGCUUAAUUAGGUGACUAAGGAUUAGAAUUAUCUGCAUGAGUGAAUAGCUCUUAUCCAUAAUUCUGCAUCUUCCGUUACCACUGUUCUUUUUUAUGCUUCUAAACUAGACAUAACUAGGCACGCGAGCUAUCGAAAGUUCUGAAAUGGGUAGCAACAAGAUCGUAAUGUAGAGCGGCGAAUUUCUAUUUUCAUUUUAUUCCCGUUUAGGCCAAAGUGGAUACAAGGCAUCAAAGUAUUGUACAAGCGCUGCAAAACAUUGUUUUGGAAACGGACAGACCGUGUAUAUUCGAUUCAAUCCAGCCUUUCACACAACACCAAAGGUAACGAUUGGCCUAACUCUGCUCGACACCAACAAAUAUUAUAAUGUCCGCGUCCGUGCUUCGGUAACCUCUGUAACCAAAAAUGGAUUUUGGCUCAAAUUCCAGCCAUGGGAUAUUUCUAUUACUUAUCAAAUUGGCGUCAACUGGAUGGCAUGUCAAUGAACAUGAACGGCACACAAAUGAUGAAUACUAAAGCGCACUUAGCACUACCGUAGUUUCUAGCACGUAGCUUUCCACUAAUUGCUCGUGUUUUCAGUUGUAGUUUUAAACUUUGAUCACGAAUAAACUUGUUCACACAAUUAGAUGUUGCAUUGUUUUCUGUGUAAUCCAGGGAAUACUCUAUUAAGCCCCCUCCCUUUUCAGAGUAAAUGACUUAUUAGCUCCCUUCUCCAUUAACAACCCCCUCCCCCCUUUCACUAGAAAAAAUACAGGGAUUAAAUUUAUUGUUAAGAUUUAUCUGCCUCAGACAAAUCAACGAGUUCUCUUCCCGCCCUUUCACGGACCAUUCAACAAUUAGGUCACCAUGGAGGGGGGGGGGGCGAGUACGAGAUUGGACGACAAUUGAUCACUUGGAGAAGGAGUUUACUGGUAAAAAAUUGAUCCAUGGGAAGCGAGUACGAGAUUGGACGACAAUUGAUCACUUGGAGAAGGAGUUUACUUGUAAAAAUUUUGUCAUCAAUAAAGGAUCACUAAUAUGUCAG